GUUUGUCAGUUUAAACUCGUAGCUAUUUACACACAGAUUCAUUUUUAUUUCGUAACGUCAACGAGCAGCAAAUAAAUAAAAAUUCGAAAAAUUCAAGUGGUCGCACUAUGUCUAAUCUCCAAGAUGUACCGCUCGCUGAGCCAGAGCAAAUGGCAGAGGAUGUGGCCGCUACUGGUGCAGAAACCGCUGAGCACAAAUCCAAUUCGCUGAAACGCUUCUUCAAAAUGGGCAAGAAGUCAAGCAAUCUGAGCGAGGCUAACGAUGAAGUGUCUGCCGAAGUGGAAGAAGACAUCAAUAAAGAGCAAACUAAGCAUAACAGCAUUAGUCGCUUCUUAACACGCUUGAAGAACAAUCCCAACAAGACGUCAGGUGCUGUGACCUUUGCAGAGACUGCUGAUAACCACACCAGCAGCAACAUGGCCGUGCAGACAGAGCAAUCGGAGAUUGGUGGGGAAAAGCCUGAGAAGCCAGCUCCAAAUGCAAAGCACAACCUGAGAACAUCCAUAUCAGGCUAUUGGAAGAUGCUCUUCCAUCGCCAGAAAAACGCCAAUCAACAAGAUGCGAACAACGAGCAGUCAGAGCAACCAUCUGAUGUGGCAGCUGAAGCUCCAGCAGUGCCCAAUGCGCCACCGGUACCGGAGCAGCAACAACAGCAGGCGCAACAAACUGAAACUGUUUUAGUUCAUGAUGUGUCUACCGAAACACCAAGCCCAUCGCAUCAUGACUUGAUGCAGGCUGUGUUGGUUGAGAAGUUGCCACAGGUAGCAGCUGAGAUGCCAAACAUGCUGGAGGCUGUCCAGAUGUUGGCGGUAUCCGAUGAUGUGGCUGUGCCAAUGCAUGACGACAACUAGGUCCUCGAUUUGAACCCAGACUAGAAGUUAUGCACUUUGCUUGCCACUGUCACAUUUUCUCCUUAGAACUCGGUACUUUUGUGACCCUUAAACAACGAUUUGAAAAAGUUCAUCUGCAGUUCGGCAUUAAUUGUAACUUCCAUUGUGAUGAAUUAAACAUUAAACAAAGCUUAUGAAUAUAACGAAA